CCGGUGCAUCCUUGUCCCAGGCCGCGAGUCGUGAUGGCCGCCGACCGUUGAGGCGACUUAUCGGUGCGAACCUCCUCUCGUUCUCCCAGGAGCCGCGAGCCGUAGGAAAACAAAGGCGGACGAUGCUUUCCCUGGGGCCCAGACCGGCCGCCCGCUGACCCUUCCGCCCCCGGCAAAUGCUCAACAAAACUCGACCAAAUGCUUAAGGAGUUGCAAAUGGGUCUCCGCGCUUGUUAUAUGCUAGCAUCGCGCGUGUGGACGUGUAUUUGUUUUCUGCUCAGGAAACAGGUUAGGGCUAAUCGGCAGAAUCAGCCCAUCUCGUGUUUGUUGGCAUCGAUCAACUUAUGCUCAUUGAAUCUGCAGUGCUCUGUCAAGAUAAUCCCAAAUUUGCUAAAUGAGUGGAAACUCAAGGUAGUGCAGCAUCAACCUGUAAAAUACGAACUAUUCCCGUUAUCACCUCUUUCAAGGCAUAGACUAAGUAUUGUAAAAAGAAAGGUGUUGGUACUCGAUCUUGAUGAGACACUGAUACACUCACACCAUGACUCAAAUUCGCGACAGCUCAUCAAGCCAGGGACGCCACAUGAUUUCGUACUCAAAGUUGUAAUUGAGAGGAACCCGGUUCGGUUCCUUGUUCACAAGAGGCCGCAUGUGGAUUUCUUUUUAGACAUUGUGUCACAAUGGUAUGAGCUUGUUGUUUUCACUGCAUCGAUGGAGAUAUAUGGAGCGGGCGUUGCCGACAAACUCGACAACAACCGAGGCAUCCUGAAAAGGAGGUUUUACAGACAGCACUGUACACCCGACCUGGGCACUUAUACCAAAGACUUGACAGCGGUCACUACUGAUCUCACCAGUAUAUUUAUACUGGACAACUCCCCUGGUGCUUACAGGUCAUAUCCUGACAAUGCCAUACCAAUUAAAUCGUGGUUUUCUGAUCCCAUGGAUACAGCACUACUUAAUCUGCUACCUGUGCUGGAUGCACUUCGAUUCACACAAGAUGUUAGAUCAGUCUUGAGUAGAAAUCUCCAUCUUCAUAAAAUUUGGUAGCAUUUUGAUGGUGAUUUACUUUUUUAUUGUCUAAGAAGAGUUGACAUAUUUAUUUCAGACCAAGAAAGCAAUCUCGUCCAUUACAGUGGAAGAGGUGGGAAGGUUUUGAGAACUCCGUUUCUUCUUUCAUUCGUUUUAGCCUCACUGCCCACGUUUUUACAUCAUCAAGUGCCUGAUUUUAGGCCUCGUCUAAGGGUAAAGAAUGAAGGGAGGAGCGCCAUUGCUUCAUACUGCGUGAAUGUAUCUGUGCAUGUAUAACUAGACACCUUAUUUUAAAAUAUCCAAGUGUAAAUACGUACUUGCCGUAAAACGGUAAAUGUAAAUUUAACUUUAAGUCGAAGUAAAUCGAAGCAUGCACAUGUGCAUUGCACAUUCACAGUGAAUGCACAAUUAUUAUUAAGCCGAUACUUAGAUAACACCAAAGUUAGUGUCAGAGUCCUCAAAACUUUGUCGGAUGCGAAUCAUUGUAAAUUUCACACUUUCUCCAAUGUACAUCAAUUGUAUUAUAUAGAUUUAGAUAAAUUAAUUAUAAAUUUUUAGAUGUUUUGAUUAGUAAUUCGUCACAUUAGGGACCGAUCUUUAAAAACAUCUCUUUGUAAUCAUUGUACAUUAUUCGUACACCAACCUGAUUGUUCUGUAUUUCAACAUUUAAUUUUUAAACGUUUUAGUUUUUUUUAGUAUUCAGCCAAUUUUCCUUGAGGGCUUCCUGACUGAAAGAGCCUAAUUUAGUUUUUUCUUUUUUUCUCCUAAUAAUUGUAUAUUAAGUCGCUAAUUAAAUGUAAAAAUAUAAAAGCGACAUAAAUCUAUGUAUAUUAAAUCUAUAUUUAUUUAAUUUUGGGAGUUCCUUGCCCUCUUUGUUAAGUGCAUAAGCCCUUUUUUUGUUUUUAGUUUUUAAAUUUAUUUUAAAAAAAUUGAAUUGUAAUAUUGUUGAUGUUGAAAUGUCCAUUUGUUGAUUCUUGGAUUGUUAAUCAGUGUAAUAUUCAAAUUAACUGAAUUGUAGAAAUUAAUGGAUGUAAAAUUCGGGAGUAAAAAAUUUUUUUUUUUUCUAUUAUUUGUCAAACGUGAUUUUUCGAGACAGAUAGUUUUUAAAGAAAUGCCCCGACCAUUCAAAUAAAUAAUUAUAAAUAAACUUUACAAAAUAAAGAGUUAUCCUGUUUCUAUAACACCACAUAUUUUUAUACUUUUCUCAAGACGAGAAAGGACAAAUCCUGCAAAGAAAUGUAGGGCAAGCCCUCAGAUACAACAAAAACAUUGUGAAAAUAUCUUACAAACAUGUUAUGGUGUAUGAAAUUUACCUAAAAUCAUUUAACCCUUUUUUUAUUGCGAAUUAUGUCAAAAGGACUCCCUCCCUUGAGAUAAUAAAAAGGAAAGCUGUAGGCAAGAAAAACAACAAUACCCUUUAGUAAUAGGGACUUUGAAUGACUACAUAGUAUAACACAAAACUUAUGAGAAUGGUUCAAUUCAGUCAAAAUGCAAAAGUGUAGGAGUUUUAAUAAGUUUUAAUAAUUUAUUGUAGUUAACCAAUUAAACUGUAAUUUUGAA